UCUUUCACCAGUCACCUCUGGCAGCUCUGCGGCACGCGACUGCUGAAGUAUAUAUUGUUAUUAUACUGGCUCAAGUUGACAGUCAUUACCAUGUGACGCAAGUUCAGCGUUACUCGGCAUGCUUUUACCAACAGCAUUCUAUCAAGAAUGGAGUUCUUGUCACUCGACCCUUUCAAGUUGUACACACAGGAGGGGUGAUCCAGGCGGAUCAUCAACCAGGGUUCGAACAUGGUCAUAUAUGCUUAUGCCAGACCGCCAUCUAUACCAUACAUUCGUAGCACUCUGUCAGUCGGCUAGUUUGCGUAGCCCUUCAAAUAAUAUAGGAGGCACACGCAAAGGGUCUUCUUGCGUCACCUAUAUAACUAAUCUUCAACAUUUGCAUGUCAACCUAAAGAUCAUCCUUACCCGUUAUCUGAUAAUGACUUCCUGGCAACAACCAGUCCCCAAGUCGAUAUCGAUAUCUCAUGUUAUCGCCAUUCUCUGUACCAUCUUUAGGCUUGUCUACAGAGGUUGGACGCGUCACUUGUGGUGGGAGGAUGCGUGGGCAGCAUUUGCACUGAUCUCAGACGUUAUUUGCCUGCUAUGCAUCUGGAUCCAUACCUCGACAAGUUGUGAGUAUUUGACUUCACGCUCCAAUAUCUACCUUACUUUUAUGUCAGUCCCGGGAUGGACCUUCUCUGUGGCUUUCACCUCCGUCGUAUGGGCUGCGCGCAUGAGCAUCAUUUUCUCAAUCAUCCGAAUCGCCAAUUCUUCAGGUUACAAGUACCAGAAAUGGAUCAUCUAUCUCAUCACAGUAUCCUUCGCGGGUAUGUGGGCUGCGGUAUUGAUAGAUAAGAACGAAACGUGCGUCUUCGUGUGCCAGAAUACCAAGCCAGUAGCGCUCUUGCAAAUGAUUACGGAUGUUGUCGCGGAUAUUUCCCUCAUUAUUGCGCCGCUGUUGUUCUGGAAAAAUACAGGGCUCUCACGCAACCACAAAAUAUUGAUCCUCUCCCCAUUCAGCGCGUCGCUUCUUAUCACUGUCAUUACAAUCCCCCACUCCAUAAUGCUCCUUCGAUCUGCCUCAGGAAAGACGCUCAUCAUGGCGCAUGUCAAGGCCGCCCUCAGUCUCAUCAUCUGCAACCUCCUGGUGAUCGUUACUGCGGCAUACCGCGUAUGCCGGAAGGGAACACUUGAUCCAGACCAAACAUUUGGAUCUCCCGUAAUCUUCACGAGCAUUCUCGUGGCAGAAACCCUCGCCAACACGAUUCCCAUGCAGGACACAACUCGAGAAUUGACGACAGGCGCUGACUAG